AUGCACACAGUGAAGCAUAACUACACCACAAUGCCUGAGCCAAUGAGGUGCACAGGGAGCAUUGACGCCCGUGAACUGCGCUUCUCACGUGCAAUGGUGUUCGCCAUCGAAGAGAUUAACAACAGCACAAGGCUGCUGCCGGGCAUCAAACUCGGUUAUCAGAUCCACGACUCGUGCGCCUCAGUGCCUGUGGCAGUGCAUGUGGCAUUCCAGCUUGCUAAUGGCCUGGACCCGGUGUUUUACACUGCUGACAAUUGCUCUCAAUCUGGUAUGGUGAUGGCUAUCGUCGGUGAGUCUGGGUCCACGCCAUCCAUCAGCAUGUCACGCAUCCUCGGAUCCUUUAACAUUCCUCAAGUGAGCCACUUUGCCACUUGUGCAUGCCUGUCUGAUAAGCAGCAGUACCCGAGUUUCUUCAGAACAAUCCCUAGUGACCAGUUCCAGGCUGAUGCAUUGGCCAAGCUGGUAAAACACUUUGGCUGGACUUGGAUAGGUGCUGUCCGGUCAGAUUUCUUUCCUGGACGGCGAGCCACAGAAGGAAGGAUCUGUGUGGAAUACCUGUCAGUCUUUCUAAUCGAACCCCCACGUAGCAGGAUCCAGAGAGUAGCUGAUGUUAUCCGCAGGUCAACAGCUAUAGUUAUCGUGGCAUUUGUAGCUAAUGGAGACAUGAGGAUUCUGCUUGAGGAGCUGUCCCACAAGCCUUUUCCACCUCGCCAGUGGAUAGGCAGUGAAUCCUGGGUAACUGACCAAGACAUGCUGAGGUUCAGCUUCUGUGAUGGAGCCAUUGGAUUUGCCAUUCAGCAAUCUGUCAUCCCAGGUCUGAGGGAAUUCUUGCUCGAUCUCUCUCCCACUAAAGUGGCUGCCUCUCCACUGCUUACUGAGUUCUGGGAGGGUGCAUUCAACUGCAGGCUGGGAAAAAGUGAGAAAACAGGUGCAUCCAUAGACGAGAAUGUGUGUGAUGGAUCUGAAAACAUACGGACGCUCCAGAGCCCGUACACUGACACAUCUCAACUCCGGGUCACUAACAUGGUGUACAAGGCUGUUUAUGCAAUAGCACAUGCCAUUCAUAAUGCAGUGUGUGAGGAUGCAAAUUCUACAACUCAGUGUGACAAAAUCACCAGGAUAGAGUCAAAACAGGUCCAAACUCUGCUGAAGAAAGUACAUUUUUCCCAAAAUGGUUAUGAUGUGUCAUUUGAUGCCAACGGGGAUCCUGUGGCCAAAUACGAGCUGGUGAACUGGCAAAAAAGUGAGAAGGGCAGCAUUGAGUUGGUGACAGUAGGGCACUAUGAUGCAUCCCUGCCAGUGGGCCAGGAGUUCCGUAUAAACAAGAGCCUCACCUGGAUAGAGGGUGGCACACAAGUAAGGGACCCAAAAGCAAUAAUUUAACAUAUUCAAAUUCAUAGAAAAAAAUCUCUUCAAACCUGAAUGUAUGACAGGUGUGUUGAAAGAAGGUGCAACUU